AUGCCUUGUUUGCAUCAUUCAGCAUUUGACAAACAUAUGCAAAUAUUAGUCAAUGUCUCAAAACAGUGCUCUGAAGAGACUUUAAAAAAUGCUAGGGUAGAGGUAGAGAAGGCACACAGUGACACAUUAGACAUUGUCAAACCUAUAGAUAUAGGUGUUAGUUAUGAUGGCGCUUGGCAGAAAAGAGGUUUCACGUCCAAGUACGGAGUGGGCUGCGUAAUUGAAGUCGUUACUGGCCUAGUUAUAGAUUAUGUUGUUCUGUCAAAAUAUUGUAGAAUAUGUCAGCGGAAAAUAUCUGAACUUGGAAGAAACUCUCCUCAGUUUAAUGAAUGGUUUGCUAUUCACAAGCCAAAAUGCCAAGCCAACUUUGACGGUUCCUCGCCAGCAAUGGAGACCGAGGCGGCAGCAAUCCUUUGGAAGCGGUCGGAAAACCUUGGUUUCCGUUACAUUAGUGUAAUUUCCGAUGGAGAUUCAAAGGCUUUUGACCACAUAAGUUCUCUGAAUGUGUAUGGAGAAAAUGUUACGAUUGACAAACAAGAAUGUGUCAACCACGUGGCGAAACGUUUGGGUACUGCUCUUAGGAACCUUGUUAAAGAUUCUAGCAAGGUGAAGAUAACACUUGGCGGCAAAAAACAUGGUAGCCUAAAAGGAAAAACAAUAGACAAACUCUGUCAAUAUUAUAGGAAUGCCAUAAUCAACAAUUUAGACAACACUGAUAAAAUGAGAGAGGCAAUUUAUGCAACUCUGGACCAUUGCAGGUCCUCAGAUGAUGAACCGCGUCAUGAUAAAUGCCCGCCCGGAAGUGACAGUUGGUGUUUUUACCAAAGGGACCUAUACAAUAAAUUGAAACCUAGAAGACAUUCUGAGGGCAUAAAAACACCACUGAGUGAAGCUGUCUACAGCCGCAUGCUGCCAAUAUACGAGCGACUUUCUAACGAGAAACUCCUCAAAAGAUGUUCGUUGGGCAAGACUCAAAAUGCAAACGAGUCUCUUCACAGUGUCAUUUGGUCUAAAUGCCCAAAAACCACCUUUCAAGCUAAGAGAAGGCUUGAUGCAGCAGUUGGAGAAGCAAUCAGUGUUUACAACGAAGGCUAUUUUACAUCUAUGACAAACCUCCUUGAAAAAGCUGGUGUGUCACCUGGAAUGAAUACUGCAGUCCUAGCCAAGAAAAAAGACUCCCAUCGCUUGAAGUUACGGAAGGCAAGGGAAGCCGACAAGUACAAGCAGUAUAAGAAACUGGUGAAGGCUGCCCAGAUUGAAGAAGAAGAGAGGAAGAUAGAAGAAGAAGGGACGAUGUAUGGUGCAGGAGAUUUUUAA